AUGGGUUAUUGCGCACACAGCCGGCUGAACUACAGCGGCGACUCCAACUCCGACCCAAGUGUCCGGGUGUCCAGUUCUGUGAUGUUGGACUGGAGGUUAUCAUGUCUUCUUCUGCAUGCAGCUGUUCUGCUGCUGCUCAGCAAGGGGGAGAAGAUGUGCCCCGCGAGUUGUCGCUGCGAAGGGAAGAUUGUUUAUUGCGAGUCUGGCGUCUUCCAAGGCAUCCCAGAAAACAUCACCACAGGAUGCCAAGGUCUGUCUCUGCGCUAUAACAGCCUGCUGGUUCUGUUGCCGUACCAGUUCGCUCACCUCAAUCAGCUUAUCUGGCUUUAUUUGGACCACAAUGCCAUCAGCGAUAUCGACGCGUUAGCCUUGCAUGGUGUGCGAAGGCUCAAAGAACUCAUCCUUAGCUCCAACAAAAUAACUCACCUGCACAAUAACACGUUCAGCGCAAUACCGAACCUGCGAAAUCUGGACCUGUCCUAUAACCAGCUGCAGUCUCUGCAGCCAGGGCAUUUUUAUGGUCUGCGCAAACUACAACACCUCCACCUUCAGUCUAAUGGCCUGAAGCAGAUCAUCAUUCGUACUUUUCUUGAAUGCCGCAGCCUGGAGUUUUUGGACUUGGGUUACAACCGCUUGCGGAGCCUCACCCGCACAACGUUCUUAGGGCUGUUCAAGUUGAAAGAACUUCAUUUAGAGCACAAUCAAUUCUCCAGGAUUAAUUUCUUCAUUUUCCCGCGCCUCACCAACCUGCAGGCUCUUUACUUGCAAUGGAACCGCAUACGAUCCAUCAAUCAAGGCAUGCCUUGGACCUGGCACAAACUCCUGAAAUUGGACUUGUCAGGGAAUGAAAUCCAAAUGUUGGACCCGGCGGUUUUCCAGUGUAUGCCGAACUUAGAGAUGCUGAACCUUGAAUCAAACAAGCUCAGUAGCGUGCCUUUGAAGGCCGUGGCAGCGUGGACCUCGCUAACGACCGUCAGCCUGGCAGGUAACGCCUGGGACUGCAGCCCCAGCAUCUGCCCUCUCAUCGGAUGGCUCAAAAACGUGAAAGACUCGAAAGACAUCAGUAUGAUAUGCAGCAGCCCCAAGUCUGUGCAGGGCGAAAGAGUCGUGGACGUGGUGGAGAAUCAUUCAACGUGUGCGGACGUGGCUCGUGUUUUUUCCACCCCUUCACUCAUCCUUCUGACUUCCACCCCAAUUGUGAACAUCACAACUCACCCUGACCUCACCACAGACCCCGGUACCGAGUCACCUGUGCAGAGGUUCGCCCCUUCGGCCGGCCGUCCUCGUGCGACACACGGAGAGACGGCAGAGUCCGCGAACAUGAGCUCUGCAUCGCCCGCCUCCUCUGGACCCCCGACAUCGUUUAUCCCAGAGCUACACUUUGAACAUAUGGCUUUCCAUAAAAUCAUUGCAGGCAGCGUCGCCCUGUUCCUGUCAGUGGCAUUGAUCCUCCUGGUUAUUUACGUGUCGUGGAGGCGCUACCCCAACACAAUGAGGCAACUGCAGCAGCAGUCAGUCAAGCAUAAGCGCAGGAAAAAGGCCCGUAAGCAGGAGCAGGACCUGAACUCUCAGCUGCAGGAGUACUAUCUGAGUUACCAUUCCAACUCGGAGACCAUGGACUCGUUGGUGAAUGAGACGAGGCCGUGCACAUGCACCAUAUCCGGAUCCAUCGAAUGUGAGGUCUGA